UAUGUCUCCAAUGGACGCGAACACACCGAACAAACGAAACGGUUCCUUAGGACUUCCCGACCACUCACGGGACCAAUUCUUACACAAACUAUUUGGAGUUCAUGGUGGCUCUGAGCUUCCAAGCAGUAACCCCCUGCAACCUGGGCUGCAGCCAUGUCCGCGACCCGCGCCGUGUGCCACACUCCGUGGUCUGGUGCGGGAUUGCGGAGCCGUCGGGGAAGCCAGCCCCGGUGGGGCAGAAGACCAAGUACAAUGAUGGGCUAUUAGAGAAGGCAUUCAUGAUGCUCUUCGCCCGGAAGAUGGAGAAGUUUGUCUCCCCUACGAGCAAGAAGGACGAGGAGAAGAAGAAAGGGUGGUUCGAUUACGACUACGACAGCUUCGUGGACGUGUCGAAGAGGGUAAUGCAGGGUAGGUCUCGGACUCAGCAGCAGGAGGUUGUUAGGGAGGUGCUCCUUUCUAUGCUUCCACCGGGUGCGCCUGCUCAGUUCCGGAAGUUGUUUCCGCCGACGAAAUGGGCUGCAGAGUUCAAUGCUGCACUCACAGUUCCUUUCUUUCAUUGGCUUGUUGGCCCUUCUGAGGUCAUAGAAGUUGAGGUAAAUGGAGUGAAGCAGAUGAGCGGUGUACGCAUUAAGAAAUGCCGGUACCUGGAGAACAGCGGAUGCGUGGGAAUGUGCGUGAACAUGUGCAAGAUGCCCACCCAGGAUUUCUUCACUAACGAGUUCGGGCUACCCCUCACUAUGUUACCAAAUUUCGAAGAUAUGAGCUGUGAUAUGGUGUAUGGUCAAGUUCCGCCACCACUUGAGGAGGAUCCGGUGUCUAAACAGCCUUGUUUUGCGGAAAUUUGUUCAAUGGCUAAUCCUAAUGCCUCUGUCUGCCCUAAACUACAAGCUUGACCGACAGGACCCACACUCGGAGUUAAUCAACGCUGUUUUCAAGAAUGCGUUUAUGUAUAACAGUAUAUGUUUUUAUCCAUCUUCCAUAAGUUGAUUGGAACUUCCAUGAAUGGUCCCCCCCCGACAUACGACAUCGGUGACGAAGAUUUGAUCAAGUUUUGCAGUUCCAAAGCGGGGCAAAAGUGAGCUUAUUAUCCACGUUAAUAGAAUCAUGUGCCCCGUGAGCCCAGAGAAUUUCGUUUCUCCUGGGGAUUGGGGAACCCAACAGGCUACGUAUCCCUUGUAUAGGAACUUUAGUUUCUGAUUCGAUUUUGCUGUUCAACAAUGUAAUAUACAUAUAUAGAGUUCUGCAAAAAUCUUAUCCUUUGGAGAUAGCUGUCAGAUAUUAGCCUAAAAACAGUUGACACAA